CUUAACCACAUCAAUUGUAACUCUUAGCCUCUUCAUCUUGUCCAUUGAAACCCCAUCAAGCUACCACGAAAGAUCCUUCAAAAUCAAGUUUUUGCCAUGAGAACACAUACCGUAAUCCCAGUACUAGCCCUCCUAGAGAUAGGAAGCGCUUACUCCAUCGGUAUAAACAGUCGCAAUGAGUUGGCGAUGCCCCAAACUAGUGCAAUAGCGCUCAGAGCCAAGGCCGACCUUGCCGUCCAUGAGCGCCAGGAUGUGUCAUUGAACAUUGACUGCAAUAAAAUGGUCGAUCAACUUGUAGGGUUCAUCUCCCAAUAUCCGGAAUACUCUGCAAGAGUCCUCGGUAUCGCCUCUGGUACCACCAUAGCCUAUAAUGUCUGUCGACUCAUGGAUGGACAAAAAUGCGUCAAUGUUGCCGGCACCGUCGGGGGCACUCUUUCAUUUGCUGUCUUUUACGGGAUGAUGGUGCAGAAUCCCAAAGACAAAGGCGCUCAGGCCGUGAAUACUUCAAGACGUCGAAGUCGACCCGGUCAAGACGCAGGCUACGGUGCUUGGCUCAGAUCUCAGCUUGAGAGCCAUAUUGCCGCACGCAACAUGACUUUCGGAUCCAUUUCGGAAGUGGCUACUUUGGACGCGCGAGACCUGGCUGAGCCAGCAAGCUACAGUCUAGUCAUAAGAGGUCUGACAGACUCCGGCAAUGAUGACGAGGUAGCUGAUCACCAUCUGACACUACGCGAAGACGGGGCCGGUUCGAUCAAGAUUCUACCGCCCAGAGAUACCGACGACUCAGAUUUGGUAAAGCGAACGAGCGGUUCUGGUUUUAAAAUCACCUGGGCAGUGAGCAAUAGGGGAGAUGGGUUGCCUGAAUCCAAUGGGUACAAGUUCUUAGCCACCCAGGCUGCGAACGAUUGGGCGAGGCGAGCAGAUACUCAGGACAUGGGGGAUUAUGUCGGGAAAUUCGAGUUCGGCGAGCCUGGUACACUGGUAUUUCGCAUUAUUCCUGAGCUCGCCGGAUUCGGCCAAGAUUAUGAAGACCCGACAAAGUGUAAUUGAUGAGGUAGACGGCUUUGAGAAUAUUUAAAAAGAAGUUAUGAGCAGCAUAACAUCAAAACCAGUCAAAAUGGAGCUAAGAGGUGGCCAGUGUGACGAUCUUGACCAUAAUCAAAGACAAGAGGCUUAUAUAUAGGUCCGGUGAUUGAUGCAAGAAAAGGUCCCCG